AUGCCCGAGAUUGCUGAGAUUGCACGGGCAGUCCACUAUCUGCGCAUUCACCUAGUUGGUAAGCGCAUUGCUUCCGCUGAGGCCAUUGACGAUGCCAAUGUAUUUGGCAAGGUCGGCACCACUGGUGCUGCUGUAGCAGCUGCCCUAAAGGGCAAAAAGGUUGUGUCCGCUGGCACGCAGGGCAAAUACUUUUGGAUUACAUUAGAGAAGCCUCCGCAUCUAGUAAUGCAUUUCGGCAUGACUGGCAAAAAUGACAAGACUGCAUACACCAAUUACUUCAAAAAGAUGGAAGAUAGCGAGUACGCAGUGUGGCCGCCGAAAUUCUGGAAAUUUUCCAUUGUGACAGAUGAUGAGCCUGCUGUCGAGGUUGCUUUCACCGAUCCCCGCCGUUUUGGUCGCGUCAGGCUGGUGGACUGUCCUGGGGAAGCCAUACGGAAACACUCGCCGCUUGUUGAGAACGGCCCCGAUCCUGUUGUGGACAAGGACCGCUUCACCGAGGAUUACCUACGCGGCAAAAUGACAUCGCGCCAUGUUCCCAUCAAGGCACUACUUCUCGACCAGACCAUGAUCAGCGGCAUCGGCAACUGGGUUGCCGACGAGACGUUGUACCACGCCCAGAUGCACCCCGAGCAGUACUGCGACGACUUUAGCGAUGCUGAGAUCAAGAAGCUCUACGAAUCUAUCUGCUACGUCUGUGACUUGGCUGUGGAAAAGCUGGGCGAUUCGGAUCAGUUCCCAGAGCACUGGCUAUUUAAUCACCGCUGGGGCAAGGGUGACAAAAACUCGCCAUCCAAGCUUCCCAACGGUGAGAAGCUCUCUUUCAUCACAGUCGGCGGACGUACAAGUUGCUUCGCUCCGGCUAUUCAGAAAAAGACAGGCCGCGUGGCAGCCAGCGCUAAAACGGAGCUUGCUGUAAAAAAAGAGUCUGGCGAAGAGAAGGUGCCACCCAAAAAAGCCCGCAAGUCGACCAGCAAGACUAUCGUAGAAAAGGCUGAUGAAGGAAAAACAAUACCCAAGAAAGAUCGCAAACCAGCAGACAAGGCAGUAAAAUUAGAGGGAAAAGACACUACGCCAAGCAAAGGCAAGCGAUCGAACGCCACCACGAGUGACGGCAGCAAAAGCAAAAAGGUCAAAAUUGAGCCGGUGGCGGAUGAUGGUGGCAGACGCAGAUCAGGGAGGCUCAGGAAAUAA